CGCAGUGGCAUUGACUUAAACCUAUUAUCUCCCGCUCGUGUUACCAACUCGAUCCUACCGUUUCUAUAAGGCGUGAUCUCUAUCCCUUAUCCGUCUCAAGGUGUCCUGCCACCCGAGCUUUGCAAGCCCAGCAUCACUCGUAGACAUCGCCACAAUGCAACCGAUUGCGACCACCACCUCUGUUCGAGCACUCGCCUCCGCGCCUCGAGGCUACCUCUUCACAUCCUCCCGAUCCAGUCUUCGUACCCUGAGCACCUCUGCCGCACUCCGAUCCGACUCGAGACCUCCCUCCAGCCCGUUCCCAUUUGGGGGCCCCUCGCCACCGAAACUACCAAAAGAAGACCAAGAAAUCUUUGAAUCUCUGCAGCGCGCAUCAACGGGCGCUUUCUCCACGCCCCGGAGGACACCGCCGCGGAUAAAUCAGUCGCCGCACUCUGCACCUGCCGAGGCCGCGGACGCGCAGGGUACGGUGCAAGCAAGGGUUGAAAAACUGCAGGCACAGCAACCGAACAAGGGUGGAAAGGACGACGCCGGGCACAGUAACAGUAUGUCCCAGUUCAAAGAACAAUAUGACCGGGUGAUCGAGGCGAGAGGGCGAGGCGAAGAAUUACAUCCCGACGUCGCCCGGGGCGCGCGGCCGGAAUUCGAAGGCGAUGUGAAUCCUAAGACGGGCGAGGUUGGAGGGCCGAAGAAUGAGCCGCUGAGAUGGGGGGCGUCGGGGGAGUGGAGUUAUAAUGGGAGGACUACAGACUUUUAGAUGUAUGAUAUAUGCUAUGGGAGUUGUUAGGCGCAUGUUGGAAGGGACGAUUGGUUUCGUGGUCGAAGAUCAUAGAUUGGGAACUGAGUGUCGAGCUUGAUGUCUAGGAGAGUUUCACAGAUGCAAAAGCCCUCAGAUACCACUCGUAUUGCGGUCAAUGAGAGCAAAACUCUGAAGUCAGAUCCCCAGGCAGAGCGGUUCUUGGUCUGUAUAUGCUCCUAUGUACGGAGAGCUCGUUUUUGUUCGCAGGUCAGCCCAAACUUGCCAAUGUUCCUGGCUGACGCCCAGAUGUGAUGCUUCAACUUCGAUCUUGAUCCUUAUGUCUUGACCAGUGCCUAACCAUUGCGGUUCGUG